CUUAUGCCAUGCAUUUAAAUACUGACAAGCAGACUGUUCUGAAAAUUCAGAACAAACAGCUAAAUGAAAGGAUCAGUGAAAGAGAGAUCAUCGCACAUCCUGCUCACUGAAACGCUUUGCUCGUGUCUUCAGUUCCUCAGUUCACUGACAGCUGAGAAACUCGGGAUUUCUAGUCCAGAAGAAAGAGAAAAUUUUAGAAGAUGAAGGCUCUUCUUCUCUCUGCUCUAGCCUGUUUGGUGUCUGCCACUGAGGAACCCUUAGCCUGUUUGGUGUCUGCCACUGAGGAACCCUUACCGUUUUCAGGGCAAUUUAAUACCAUCUACCUAGCAUCCAAAAUUCGGAGUGUGACAGAUGAAAAUAGUGAAUUUAGGAUGCUGAUGCAUGAAGUGAAUUAUUUUAAGAAUUACACAUGUAUGAGCAUAAAGUACCAUAUUAGGAAAAAUGGAAAAUGCCAACUGCACAAGGUCUGGGCUGAAAAUUUUAAUUUGCUUGACUGCUAUAAGAAAUAUAAUUUCAUCAAUAGAAGACCAAUAAAGUAUAUAUUUCACGACAGAGCCGCAUCAGAUAAGGUCAAUAAUGUAAAAUGCCCACAAAGGAAUGGGACUGAGAACAUUAUAGGUACCUGGAGGUUUACUGAAUCCUAUCGUCAUUUCUCGAGAAUCUACUAUUACCCAGAGACACAGGGAGGCUUACACAGAAUCCCAAGUGACUUUUACAUUGUGAUACAUUUUGCCUCAAACACCACCAUCCUACUUGAAGCCUCAUUUAUUAAUGAUUUGGCGUACCAUCAGACGCUGACAGCAGCACUAGCAAGGGGAACAAAUAUUACUGAACAAAUGUGGAAAGAGUAUGUAAAGUUGAACCGUCAGCUCAACAUCCCAAUUGAAAAUAUUAAUAAUGUAUAUGAGGCAGAUGCAUGCCCUAAGUUGGAGCAGUGAUCCGGAGAGUAGAAACAUGGUAUUAUUCUAUGUUCUUGACUCACUGGAAUAUAAUUUUGGGGUUGAUUCAAUCAUGGAAGCCGACAAUGUCCAUAGUUGUCACUUUGGAACUUCUGCACACCUCCUUUUACUGAAAAUCAUUACUGGCUUUGUGUCUGAUUAAAUGCAUUGAUUUCACAUUGCAAAAGGGCUUUCUGUAAAGUAUCUAAUGUGCAUCAUAUAGAUUAUUCUUCUAGAUCUGAAAUAGUGUCUGCCUUCAUUACCCUAUCAUCAAGGGAAAUAGUUUGUUAACUUUGAAACUUAUCAGCUUGAAAAUAAUAAUGUUCCUAGGGCUUAUCAGGUGUAUUUUUCUGUGUGUUUUUUCAGAAUAUUUCAAAAAAUAUAGUAAUGAAUACACAGUGUACAGACUCCACAGGAUUGUGAAUUCUCAUAUUUGUACAUCUGAACUGGCUUUAUUACAAAUAAGAAUUGUUUCACCAAAAUUAAUUGCAUGCACAGCAAAUAUUGAAAAUGUUGUUUGUAUAAAAUUUAAUUGUUGAAUUAUUUAAGAAAUUAUGCUCAUGUGUGAAUGCAUAAUGCACCAAGUAAUUGAAAAAGAGAAAUAGGGGACAUAUGGGAGGAUUUGGAGGAAGAAAAAUGAUGUAAUUAUAUUAUAAUAUUGAAUAUAAAGAUAAAAAUCAACGGACACUACUCACAAAAA